GACGGAUCAUCGAUCAUAUGAAGAGCUCGCAGCGACCUGCAUCCGAGGAGCCCAUGCCUGCUUCGCAUACGAGACAGUUUCCGACGGCACACGAGUUCUGCUCUCACAGGGACAUCAGUGAGAUCUGAAUUAGUUUCAACAUAACUGCUGACAGAACUCUCUCGUGCAUUUGCAGCUAUUGGAAGUGUAUUGACACCAACGAAGUUAAAGGAUCCAGAGGAGCCUUCUGAAGUUAUGGAUUGUAGAGGGACUAUAUAAAUGUUAUCUUCUUGACUUUUUUUUUUUAAAGAAUCCUGGCUUCACUCCAUCAUCGGGUUCAGGGUGACUUGACUCCUUUUCUAUUUAACUGAAUAUUUUUAAUAACUCAUCACAAUGUUCCAGCACAAUAAGAAGUGCUUCACAAUUGAAUCUCUUGUGGGUAAAGACUCCAAUUCGUCGAGUGCUGCUGCAGACGAGCCCAUCAGACCCACUGCUCUGAGGUUUACUGAAUCCAUCCACCCUUCUCCCUUUGGGAGCUGCUUCCAGAAUUCAGGCAGGACACUGUACAGCAGCAGCCCAGAGAUGAUGUUCACAGACCCGGCCACUCACUCCACCAACUCCGGCCUGUCUCUGCGCCACCUCCAGAUCCCCACACAGCCCUUCUUCAGUCCUCACCAGAGGGACACCUUGAACUUCUACCCGUGGGUGCUGAGGAACAGAUAUCUGGGACACCGGUUUCAAGGUGACGACAGUAGUCCUGAAAACCUACUGCUCCACGGCCCUUUCUCCCGCAAGCCCAAGCGCAUCCGCACAGCCUUCUCCCCGUCACAGCUGCUCCGGCUGGAACGAGCCUUCGAGAAGAACCAUUACGUGGUGGGAGCCGAGCGCAAACAGUUGGCCAACGGCUUGUGUCUGACAGAGACGCAGGUGAAGGUCUGGUUCCAGAACAGAAGGACCAAACACAAGCGGCAGAAGUUGGAGGAAGAGUCUCCAGACCCGCAGCAGAAGAGGAAAGGCAGUCAGCACGUGAGCCGCUGGAGGGUGGCCACGCAGCAGGGCAGCCCCGAGGACAUUGACGUCAUUUCAGAAGACUGAUCUCACAUUAACAUCACUCAUAAUGAUGGAUCUCUGCCGCAAAAAAAAAAAAACUACAACCACGUCAUCUACUGAACUGAAGUGGAGGAACUGAGCCACUGACCUCUGAUCAUGCACAACUAAAACAGCGGACGUCAGCGGCUCAAACACUCCACUGUUAAGACUACUGUAUGCAAUACACAUGGACCUCUUCAUUUUUGGAUCAUCUCAGAGCAAUGAAGAUUUCGUUUUUUGUACGCUUUUUGUUUGUUUUGUUUCACUUCUCUCUUGCUCUUUUGUUACCAGUCGGAACAUUUCCAUCAUAACCUAGUAUGACAGAGGUAAUAAACACACCUUAACGAAUGGAUUGAUAAAUGUUUUUUUUUUAGUCUUUAAUUGCUUUAGACAUUCAACGGCCAGUCUGCGCUCUUAAAAAUAAAAAACGAGGGUUCCUAUAAAUGAUUCUCACCAUAAAAUAACUACUUUGGGUUCCAUGGAGAAUUUGAAAUGAAGAGUGUGAUUGUUUUCCACUACAAAAAAUAAAAUUGUAGUAAAUAAAGGAUAGUUCACACACUGUAAAACCUUAAAAGUUAAGGUAACUCAAACCGUUUGAGGAAACUGAUUGCAACAAACCAUUUAAGUUUAAAAACUACUCCUAAUGAGUACUGUGAACUUAAUCCACUUGAUUAAAUGAAGCAAUUUGAGCACAGUAAAACCCAAUAAAUGAAGAGAACUCAAACCAACUGAGUACUGUAAAACCCAAGUUAAGGCAACUCAAACCGUUUGAGGAAACCGACUGCUACAAACCAUUUGAGUUCAAAAAACUAAUCUAUAUAAGUACUGUGAACUUAAUCCAUUUGAGUAAACGAAGCAAUUUGAGCACAGUAAAACCCAAAAAAUGAAGAGAACUCAAACCAACUGAGUACUGUAAAACCCAAUAAGUUAAGGCAACUCAAACCGUUUGAGGAAACUGAUGGCUACAAACCAUUUGAGUUAAAAACUAAUCUACAGUAUAUGAGUACUGUGAACUUACUGCAUUUAAGUUGAAGUAAUGAGGUAUUUAAUUCACUCAUUACCUUCAACACUGAGUUCAAAACUCUUUUCAAAUGAGUAGAAUUAACUUUCAGUCAAUUUUGAGUUCACUACACUCAUUUGAUAAAGUUGACUGUUGGGUUUUACAGUGCACCAUAAUUCUAAUAUUUCACUCACCCUACACUUCCAAACCGGUUUGAGUUUAUUUCUUCAACUUCUUAUUAUUAUUUAGCUGGAAACCCGUAACCAUUGACUUCCAUAGUGUUUAUUUUUCCUACUAUGGAAGUCAAUAAUUUUCAGCUUUCCUCAGAAUAUAUUGUUUUGUGUUUUCAAUAGGAGUAAGAUACUCAUAAAGGUUUAUAACCACUUGCGGAAGAGUAAACAAUGAGUGCAUUUUCAUUUUUGGGUGAACUGUGUCUUUAAAUAUUAUUCAUGGAACCACUGAUCAAUUCAUUUAUUUUCCUUUCAGCUUAGUCCCUUUAUUAAUCAGGGGUCGCCACAGUGGAAUGAACCGCCAAUGCUAAUCAUAAAACUUUAUUUUUAGGAGUUUCACAACAAUUAUCAAAUAAAAAACAGCAGGUCAAACACAAUGCGCCGAACAACCCAUUUGUAUUGAAAUAUAUUUGACAGUCUUUAGUAUAUCAGUGCAGUUUCACAUUCUUAAAGGUUCUAUUUAUUCUGAACGAGUCAACUUUUCUAUGCAUUUGAGCUCCAAACCCAAAAUUGUAUUUUGUGUUUUACGUCUGGGUCAGAGCUUACUGAAGAUUUUACGUGUUGAAUGAGUUUUGAUUUAUUUUCUUUCUCUUUUUUUAUUAUCUGAAUGACUCUUGAACUGAUGUCAAAUAUCGGUGAACUAGAGAGAAGCGUAGAAAAUGUUUCUUCAUGAGAAAAAAAUUGCAGUCUAACCUCCAAGACCCAGAAAGGUUUGUAGCACUUCAUAGCAGAUUGUUUCUCCUUUUUUUGGGCUUUCUUUAAGGUGAAAAGCACUGUUUGUCUUCAUUGUUCCGGAAUCAUUUGUUGUGUGUUUAAUAAACUUCUUUUCUGCAAACUAUUAGAUAAUAAAACUUUAACUUAA